GCACAGAUGGCACACACACACAUGCACACAUGCACACACACACACAUGCACACACACAUGUACAUAUACACUGUAACUUUAGUUUUUUUCCCCCUCAGUGGAUAUUGUUUGAAUGGAAAUUCUGAUCAGUAAGCAGAUUAAUUGAAAGCAGUUUAUUACUAUUAUUAUUUUGUUAUUUGGUGUACUGUAACGCCAGAAUCAGGUGGGAUUGCUGUCUCUUAUAAAGAUGUGUUUAAGAGGAUUUCUGGCUCUUGCCAUCCUCACCAUGGGCAUUAACGCAUUACAUGCAGAUUGGACAGAAAUGGGAUCUGGGAUUCAGGAGUCAGAGGAAGUGGAACAGCGUUUGAAUCCUUUCACCCGAAAGGUGGACUUACUGAAGCUCCUGUCCAGUCUCGUGCCACAAAGUAACAACGUGUCUCUGUUCGAGGAUAAUGAGAGAUGCUCAGUGCUGAACAUUGGACUGUACUCAACCCUGACUCUACCAACGAGACACGCUUUUGGCCCGAGCUUUGCAGACGAGUUCAGUGUACUCCUUCAGCUGCGCAGCUCUCAGAAUGUGGACCGCAGCGUCCUCACCAUUCUGGACUUUCACAAUCAGGUGACACUUCAGAUUCGCCUCAGUCCCUCAGGUUUCACCUUCAUCACUGCCCAUCAGCAAGGUUACGAGUUUUUAGUGUCAGGCCUGUCUGAUUCGCAGUGGCACUGGGUCUCAGUGGGAGUCUCGUUGGAGUAUCUGGCUGUCUAUGUGAACUGUGUGCUGGUGGAGAAAGUCAGAUGGACCUUCCCAUACUUGGGCAUCCCUACAGAUGGUCUGCUGAUGCUCGGAGGCAUCCUGCAGGGCUUUGAGACGCCUUUUGAGGGGGAUAUCCGGCAGAUGAUGUUCAUCAUGGGCGACGGCAGAGCUGCUAAAAAUCAGUGCAGUCUCCAUCAGCCGGUGUGUGGAGCCUCAGUGGACUCCUGGUCCUCCAAAACAUCUCACAACAAACAGACUCUAUCAUUGUCCUCAAGCAGCCUGAUAGAAGACCCAAUAACCUCUGCAGAGUCCUUCAGUGGCAGAAUAGAUCCUUUGAUAACGACCACAAUUCAUAAUCCCAGGCCACAAACAGAGGAAGUAGACAUGCUGGAUCCUCUCAAUUUCAUUCCCCUUGAUGAGCUGAACCCUCCAUCCCAGAGGGGCAACAUCGAGGGAACUGAUGGUUUCCGAGUGCUGGAGGAAUCUACGAGGCACAAAUCCCCUCACAUCACAUCAUACACCAGGAUUAAGGGCAAUAUUGAGAACCAGGCCCAGUCCACCACUGCUAAAUCGAGAGUGAAGGAUUUGCUCUCGCAAAAACGACAAACAGUUCGGGUGGAUGUAAUUCCUUCAAAACCCUCAGAGGACAUCAUCGACCUGGAUUCCUCGAUUGAAAACACGCAUGUAAAUAACAACCAUGUGCAUCCACAGUUCCUUGACCUAAACCUGACAGAAGAGGACCUAUUACCUUCAGGGACAUUCAUCACGUCUGGAUCUGCCACUCAGGGCCAAGGCCUCACGGACUUCCUCAGCCAGAAAGGCCAGAAAAAAACAGAGGACCAUCAUAAUAGAUUGACACAGCAAAGCACAACAAGGAGUUCACCUAAACAUGGUGAUCUUAUCACAGGAUCCGAUGGCAAGAAGUAUCGAAUGUUGAGAGGAGCUCCGGGACCUUCUGGGAGUCGAGGGAAAAGAGGUUGUGCCGGGACCAGAGGAUACGUUGGAUUUAAGGGAGACAAGGGAUCUCGAGGAGAAAGAGGGCGAGAAGGUCCAAGGGGUAAUCCAGGACCUCCAGGACCGGCAGGAUUACCCUCACUCUACCUAUGGCGCAACACUCAGGAGGAAUGGGCUGCAUUCAUGAGAACUUCAUAUUACCAUUUGCUAAUGGCAGGAUGGCCUAGAGAGACCGGGCCUCCUGGACCAAUGGGGGAAAUGGGAAGUCCAGGACCACCUGGGAUGCCAGGAGAUCCAGGAGAGAUGGGACCUCCAGGUCGACAAGGUGACAUGGGCGACUCGGGGCCGAAGGGUGUGCGUGGCCGAGCAGGGACUUCAGGAAGAGACGGAGAUAAUGGGCUAGAUGGGGAACCAGGUUCUCCAGGAACACCUGGUCUGCAGGGUCUUCGGGGGUAUAAAGGAGAAUCAGCUCCCCCUGGAGACAAAGGAGAGCCGGGUUUCCCAGGAGCUCCAGGGCCCAGGGGGGAUAGAGGAGAGACUGGAUUAAAGGGUUCAAAGGGAGAAGUUGGGUCGACAGGCUCUGUUGGUCCUCCAGGCCCUAUCGGUGUCAGAGGAGUUGAAGGGCUUUGUGGACCACCUGGACCACCGGGGGAUCCCGGGCAUGAUGGAAAACGUGGUCCUCCAGGAUCAAUGGGAGCUCCGGGGGCUACAGGGAUGGUGGGGGCACAAGGAGUUAAUGGCUCUGAAGGAGAUUUUGGACCUACAGGACCAGUGGGUAGAAAAGGCCCCCAGGGUCCUGCUGGUACGGAAGGAAUCAGAGGCCUCCCUGGUCUGCCAGGUCCACAGGGACCACCAGGGAAUGAUGGACCUCGCGGACUUAAAGGUCACAUUGGACAGGAAGGUAAGGUGGGAAACAGAGGACUACAUGGAAUUGAAGGGCCAAUGGGCAAAAUUGGAGAUCCAGGUCCAAAAGGAUUUCUAGGCAACACAGGCAGCAGAGGUCCGGAUGGAGAGAGAGGUGAUCCUGGACCAAAAGGAGAAAGAGGUGCACCUGGAGAACCAGGCAUUAUGGGUCCUCAGGGGGAGAGAGGUCAAUCAGGCCUUACUGGCUUACCUGGGGUCAAAGGUCAACCAGGGUCUCCAGGUAGCCAGGGUGAAGAUGGUGAAGUGGGUCUCCAGGGAAUGAUCGGAAAGGAAGGCCCAAAGGGGAGUAGGGGUGAAUUUGGACACAGUGGAAGAACAGGGACCAGAGGACAGCGGGGACGAGCAGGCCAACACGGGCCACCCGGUGGGUCUGGACAUCCGGGUCUCAAAGGCCCACCAGGUACUGAGGGAGCAGACGGAAAGCCUGGUACACAGGGUGUUCCUGGUUCAGUUGGAAGCCUGGGAGAUAAAGGAGCUAACGGUUUCCGUGGAUUAGCGGGAGAACCUGGAAAAAGUGGAGCCACUGGUUCACCGGGCUCACCUGGUCGGCCUGGUCAAGAUGGCAGCCCAGGAGCCCCAGGAGAGAGGGGUUUAUCAGGGAAGCCAGGAGCUGACGGUCCACAGGGGCAUGUGGGACUGUAUGGUUAUCCAGGGUCAAGAGGCCUACAGGGAAGGCCUGGCCAUAUGGGAGAACUGGGUGAGCCUGGUGUAAGAGGAACUAUUGGGAAACCAGGACAGAGGGGACCUCCUGGUCCUCCUGGUACACCUGGAGAGAGGGGCCCACCUGGACCUCAGGGCCGCCAAGGUGAGAUAGGACCAGCUGGUAUAGAAGGACCACCUGGUUCAGCAGGCCCACCAGGCUCUGUGGGCACACCAGGGAAACCUGGUCCUCCUGGCAGUCUGGGACCUCAAGGGCCAAGUGGAAAAAUGGGGCCUGUUGGAUUGCCAGGAGCACCAGGAGCUGCUGGGAGAGUCGGAAUAUCAGGAGAGAAAGGACAGCAGGGAGCUCCAGGACCUCCAGGUGACCCUGGAUCUACUGGUCUGUCCGGACAGCAGGGAUUUCCUGGGCCUCGGGGGUUAGAAGGGGCACCAGGAAGAAAGGGGGAACAUGGCUCAGCCGGGCUGGUCGGGAAGCCUGGACCACUGGGCGUUCAAGGACAGCCAGGGCAACAAGGCCCUCGAGGGACGCAGGGAGAGAGAGGACCAAGUGGAAAAGAGGGGUUUGCAGGACUUGUGGGCAGCAUUGGAGAUCCAGGCCCUAAAGGACAAAAGGGAGACCCUGGGCUGCGGGGGGUCCUGGGGGAUGCUGGGCCUCCAGGAUUCUUUGGGGUCCAAGGAGAAAGAGGGCGAAAGGGUGAUAAAGGCUAUGCUGGAUUUCUUGGACAGAGUGGACUGAUGGGGAAAACUGGACCAGCAGGACUGUUGGGAUUAGAGGGUCUGAUGGGAUUCAGAGGACCUCCAGGUCAAGAUGGACAACCAGGGCCAAAGGGUGAUCCUGGGAUUAGUGGGGUGACAGGAGCUCUGGGAGAAGAUGGCAAGCAGGGGGUAACCGGACAAAGAGGACUAAAGGGGGAGAUAGGAAAACCUGGACCACAGGGAGCUCCUGGUCCCAGAGGCUCUGAAGGCUUGACAGGUCCUAAAGGAUUACCAGGAAUUGAAGGUUCAAAAAGUGACCCAGGCAGGCCAGGACCUCCAGGAGAAGCGGGGCCAGAUGGCUUUCCUGGUAUCAGAGGGCCUCCUGGACUUCCAGGAUUAGAGGGGCUUCAAGGGAAGAAGGGAGCUCAGGGGUCUGUUGGGCCUCCAGGACCUCAGGGUCCAAAGGGCAGACCUGGUCUUGAUGGAAGGGAUGGACAGAAAGGUCAGAAGGGGAAGGAUGGCCGAGAUGGACAGCCUGGACGUAUGGGGAACCCUGGACGGCCGAGAAAAAGAGGGAAAGCCGGACAGAAGGGGCCGAGGGGGACCAGAGGAGAGAAGGGACAGCCGGGGUCUGUGGGGUGGCGUGGACCACCAGGAAGACCAGGUCCAUAUGGUUUGCCUGGCAUAAAUGGAGAAAAAGGAGAAAAGGGUGAACAAGGACCACAGGGAGAAAAGGGGGAAAUGGGAGCACAUGGACCACCAGGGGGCGAUGGAGCAAAGGGACAGCUGGGAUUUGUUGGAGAAAUUGGCAAAGGCGGUCCGAAAGGAGAGCAGGGUGAUAUCGGACCACCAGGGCGAAGAGGGGACCCGGGACUACCCGGCAUGCCUGGCCUGUUUGGAGAAAAGGGAUUAAAGGGGUUUCCUGGUCUUCCUGGACGUGUAGGAAAAACAGGGUUACCUGGACCACCUGGUCCUCCGGGACCCCCAGGAUUAUCUCUUAACCUCACAAUGGCUCAGCUAAAGGACCUUAUGUACCAAUCAGACAGGCCUAACUACCCCCUCAUCAGAACUCUACUGAACUCUUUACAGCAAGACCUGCGGCUCUUCAUAGAUCCACCUGAUGGCACUAAAGAGCGUCCGGCGACCACCUGCUUGGAGUUGAUGAUAUGUCACCCGAACUACACCAAUGGAAUGUAUUAUAUCGAUCCAAAUCAAGGCAAUCCUGCCGAUGCGCUUCUCGUCUACUGCAGCUUCAAUUUAGGAGGUCAGACGUGUCUUUCUCCACUCCGGUCACAGGUCCCGGUGAAAGCCUGGCUAAAAGACUCACAGGAGGAUUCUUUCACUUGGCUGAGUAGGACAGAGCAAGGCUUUCAGUUUGAGUAUACAGAAACCAGUGUGGUGCAGAUGAGGUUCCUGCGGCUAAACAGCAAGCAGGUCACACAGAAUAUUACUUUCUCCUGCGGGCAAGGAAGCAGGCAGGGUUCAGGCGAGCGAGAAAUCAAAUUUCUUGCAGAUUCUCAGAGACAGAGUUUCUUGGGAACGUUACGAGAUUGCGUGUCAAUGGAGGAGCUGGAUACAAGACCUCAAGAGUCGGUGUUCCAGUUUGAAACCGAAGACCUGGAGCUGUUGCCGAUCCGAGACUUGGCAUUGUUUGGCCACAGUGACCAUGCAGAAGACUUUGGAUUUACUAUAGGACCUGUGUGUUUCAGCUAGGAACUUCCAGAAGACACAAAAACACACACACACACACACACACACACACACACACACACACACACACACACACACACACACACACACACACACACAUUCCCUACAGACUGCUGACUGCUGAGCUGGUGUUAAUUGGUUCCUUAUUAAACACAGCCGCAUUUGCAGACAAUAGUAGAGAAGCAUUUCUUCAAGACCUAGCCAUAAUGGACGCCGUUGUUGUUGUUUUCUCAGCAAAAAAGAAAGACGAACCAGCGGACACUUUCCACUUUCUUUUACCUUCUAGUUUACCAGGGUUGCCCAGUGGCAAUGAUACUUUGCUGCACACAUUGUUGAAAUGAACGUUAUGUUUUUGUUGUAUGGUGUUUACAAUGCUCUUUGUCUGAAAUCAGUGCUUCUUAUUUAUGUCAAGUUCAUGUUCUAGUACAUGCCAUCGUCCAGGUCUCUUGUAAAGCUGUUGAUACUGUACAAUCACCUGGUUUGCUCGAAGAUGCACUCUCAUUUCAGGUUCACACAACUUAUGACCAAACGCACUGUGAUCUUAGCUGAAGUUUCAGACGUAGGAUGGAAGGGUGACAUCCAAAUGAAUCAAAUAUAUGACACGAAUUCUUUCGCAUUGCGUAUUGUGUCGUAGCAAACGAAUAAAGGGGAUGAACCUGUUGGGUUUACAGUAUGAAUAGUAAAUAUUGCAGAGGUAAACGUAUAAGCAGUCAUGUCAGAUCAUGUCAAAUUUCUUUUGGGUGCUGCUGUCUGAUGUGCUUUUUGUUCAGGUCCUUUUUUAAAAAAAUUUUUUUAUUAGAUAUGUACAAAGAUGUUUGAAGUUCAUAAUGUUCAAGAUAUGUUAAUUUAUAUGCUGGUCAUUGAAUUAAUGACAUUAUGACAAGAUAUUUACAUAUUCUACGCAAUGUAAUAAACAGUUCUUCUUUUGUCUGA